AAUCUUGAUUUUUUUCUAUAACUUCAGUUUUUCACUUUUUGUGACUAUUGCGGUAUUUUGAAGAUUUCUCCCCAAAACUUGAUUAAAAUCUGAUAAAAAGACGAUAUUCAGAAUCAGCUCGACGAGCGCUAUCCAGCCAAGCGUGUUUCAAAGAAAUCUAUUUUUCUGCUUACCUUUCGAAUUUGGAGCUUAUGUAGGUAGACAUGGCAUGGUAGGUAGUUUUGUAAGCGCUAAACGAAGUCUAAGUUUUCACGUUGUGACAACCCAGAAUUACCCAUGAAGUCCUAAUGGAAAUGGUUUUCAAUAAGUAGAAUAGAUGGUUGCAGCGUUUGGGCACGUAACAAAACCAUGAAAAGUUAUAAACUAGAAAAAGUAUGUUUUUUCUGGGGACAUGUUUAUUGUAGGUAGAAAAGGAAAACCGAACGUAGAUAUUAGAAGUCUGAUUUCGUCAGAUUACGUUUCAUUGUCAAAGAUAUCUUCUGAUAUCUGCUGAAAGCAUUCGUUUCGUUCAUUGUUUUUGAAAAUCCUUUGUAAACUAUGUAUUUGAUUGUAUGCGACUCACGUGUGACUAAAGAUUUCUUUCACAUGACAUAAAACAAUGAAACAUUAGCUACUCCCGAAACGACUGAACAUGACAAACACGAAUAACUAUGACCGACAAUCAAAAAAAUUGGUUUGCAAAGGAUUUUUAAAAACAAUGAACGAAACGAAUGCUUUCAGCAGAUGUUAGAAGAUAUCUUUGACAAUGAAACGUAAUCUGACGAAAUGAGAGUUGUAAUAUCUACGUUCGGUUUUCCUUUUCUACAAUAAGCAUGUUCUCAGAAAGAGCGUACUUUUUCAAGUUUAUAACUUUUCAUGGGUUUGAAACAUGACUCAGGGUUUGAAACCUUAACCAACAAUAUUUGUUUUAGGUUCAUAGUAAAGACUGUAAAAGAGAAAAUGGUGUGUCGUAUUAUGGUGAUAUAGCGUUGACAAUGAUGAUCAAUAGUCUUCCAUUCAAAGAUCCUGAUUUAGGCGUUUAUAAACCAAAAGAAGGUAUCAAUCGCCUAGUGUAUGGCAUAAUGAAAUCAUUGGGCGAGGAUAAAUUGCUAGGAUGGUGUUUUACAGUGAUGGAAAACGAAGGUUUCUGGUCCCAGAUGCAAACACAAAUUCAAGGUUUUUUUGCUGAUCAAUUUUCCUAUGGGACAUCAAUAUUGUGGUCGUGGGUGGGACCAAAAAUGCGAUGGCUCAAGGAACAUGGAUUGAACUAA